GAGGAGAGAUUCUUGCUUCAGCUGCCACCAUUUUCAAAUCAUUAUAAUUACAAUUGCGUUAUGUUUACUGAGUCUAAGUGAACAGCAUCUAAGGUAUUUUACUAUUUUAUGAAACUGUUCCUUCACCUCAGCACAUCAUGCCUAUAGCAAUGUCAAAGAUCCGUUGAUCUCUCGCCAUGUGUUUACAUCUAAGGUAUUUCAAAUUCAGAAUUUUAAUUAAAAAUAAAUAAAAAAAGUCACCACAAAUAUGAAAGGAAAAGGCAUUUAGGUGAACUAUUGGGCUUCUUCUUCUCCAUUUUCAAUUUUCACGGGCUCCUAUGGCUUCUUCUUCUUCUUCUUCUUCUUCUCAAUUUUCAUCAAUCUCUUCUGAAAAAAAGCAUGAGAUUCAAGAAAAAUAUGAUGUGUUUCUCAGUUUCCGAGGUGAGGACACACGCAAUACAUUUGCUAGCUAUCUCUAUGCAGCUUUAUCAGCAAACCAAAUCUCCACUUUCAUGGAUGAUCAUGAACUUGAGAGAGGUGAUGAAAUCUCACCCACACUUCGCAAAGCGAUCGAGGAAUCCAAUAUCUGGGUUAUCAUUCUCUCCGAAAAUUAUGCUUCGUCUACAUGGUGUUUGGAUGAGCUGGUUCAUAUUCUUGAAUGCAAGAAAAAAAACAAGCAGAGUGUUGUUAUGCCCAUCUUUUACGGUGUAGAGCCAUCCACUGUAAGAAAACAAAAGGGGAGCUAUGGAGCUGCAUUUGCUCAACUCGAAGAUCGGUUCAGGGACAAUAUGGAGAAGGUGCAUCAAUGGAAGGCUGUUUUAACACAAGUAGCCGAUCUAUGCGGGCUGGAUUCCAAGGAAUUCAGGCCUGAGAAUAAAUUAAUUCAACAAAUUGUUGAAGAUGUUUCAAAGAAAUUGCCUAAAUAUCUUUCAUCAACUACGACUACGCAUAUUAAUGGACACCUCAUUGGAAUUGAAAAAAAGAUCAAGGAAAUUGAAUCAAAAUUAUGUAUUGGCUCAAAAGAUGUUCGAAUUAUAGGCAUAUGGGGCAUGGGAGGUAUUGGUAAGACCACCCUUGCAAGUGUUUUAUUUCAAAGAUUAUCAUAUUCGAAGUUUGAAGGUCAUUACUUUCUUUGGAAUGUUAGGGAAGAAUAUGCAAGAUAUGGACCGGAUUAUUUGAGAAAGAAACUUCUGUUGGGGUUAUUAAAUCAUGAAGCUAUUUUAAGGAUGGAUUCACCAUUUGUAGCAUCACCUUUUAUUCAUAACAAAUUACGCCGUAAAAAGGUCCUCAUGGUUUUAGAUGAUGUUGGUACUUCAGUCCAAUUAGAAGCAUUAGUUGAAGGGUAUGAUCAGCUUGCCCCUGGAAGUAGAAUCAUUAUUACAACUAGAAAUGUGCAAGUGCUUAAGAAAGUAACUGGAAAUAUUUACAAGGUUGAAGGAUUAAAUCAUAGCGAUUCCCUUGAGCUUUUCCAUUUGAAUACUUUUGGAAAAAAAACUUUUGCAAGAGAUCGUUAUGAAAUGCUAUCAAUAAGAGUGGCCAGUUAUGCAAAUGGAAAUCCAUUAGCUCUUAAGGUUUUGGGUUGUUUCCUUCACUCCAAAAGCAAAGAAGAAUGGGAAGCUGCAAUAAACAAACUACAAAAAGUUCCUAACCCUCAAAUUCAGGAUGUGCUGAGAAUAAGUUACGAGGGACUAGAUGAUAAAGAGACUCAGAAUCUAUUUCUUGACCUCGCAUGUUUGUUCAGUCGGCAUUUUACAAGAGAUCAUGUAGAAAGCAUAUUAGAUUUCGAUGAUUCAUUUGUGAAAACAGGAAUAAGAAUUCUCAUUCAUAAGUCUUUGAUUGAAAGUAGUGACAGUCCCUUAGACAAUGAGCUAAGGAUGCAUGAUUUGUUACGACAAAUGGGUCAGGCAAUUGUGCGUAACGAACAUAAAGAACCUGGUAAUUGUAGUAGGUUGUGGGAUGCCAAGGAUAUCUGCCAAAUAUUGGAACGAAGUACGGUAAGUGCAAAACAAAUUCAUCAUUGAUGUCUUCUAACAAAAAGAGAGUACCAAUACGAUCAUUUCCAACUGACAAUUAAUAUUAGGUGUUCAUACAGAGUUAAUAAAUUUUCCUUUAUAUAUUUAUGUGUAUAUUGUAUCCUUAUCAAUAUCAAUGUUCAUUUUGAC